GAACUUUAGAUUGCAAGCAAAACGCCAUUCGAAGGACACGAAAAUUAGUUCAGGUCUCUCCGUAAACAUCUCUUUCGUCAUCGUGAUAAUUUGCUGCGUAUAACUGACUGCUUUGUGUGAUAGAAAACGUAAACGCGAUUUUAUCAAUCAAUUGAUUUACGGUGUGUGUAGCCAGCUGUUUGUGUAACAAGGAACAACUAUUUUGCGAUCUGCAAUAAAACAAUGGGUGACGUUCAGCAGGAUGAUAAAAUUUCUCUCAAAUUAGCGGAAAUAUCGAUUCAGAAGUUCAACCAGUCCGUUCCGAAGCAUUUGAGUUUACUGAAGAACCACAAGUGUAAUAUCGAGAAGGCAGGUUCGCUCAAGGACUGGGAUCGGAUCAAGCGAGAGCAAAUCAAUGCUACCAGGGUGAUCAAGCAGAUGAAGUAUUUGAUACUGGAGAUCGAUAAAGUGCGCAGCCGAGUUCAGGAAUCGGAUCUGGAACGGUUCGACGAGGGAAUAGAUGCUGCGAAAAAGCUGGCAUUCGCUGGAAUGGGAGAGUAUUUAGAAAUGCAGCAUAAGUUUGCCUCGCGAUCGCAAUCUUCCUACAGUUUGCAAGAUGAUGAUCGUAGAAGUUUGUCUGAAGACGGAGAUAACCGUUAUGGGAACCAAUUGGCCCAGGUGACAGAAAUAACUAGCAAUUACAAUCGAGAAGAGGUCGAACUUCGCCAAAGAGCAGAGUGCCUAAAAGAGAUGGAUAAACUACAACAAGAAAUUGUCGAUAUUCAGGAACUGUUCCAGGCUGUUCACACAAUGACACACGAUCAGGCUGAGUCGAUCAAUGCAGUAGAAGAAAACGUUGAGGUGACCCAGGUGCAUGUGGAAGCUGGUGAAACGGCGCUGCGUAAAGCUCUCCGCUAUAAGAAGGCCAUCUAUCCGAUGUGUGGUGCUCUACUAGGAUCGUGUAUAGGUGGACCGAUCGGAUUGAUUGUUGGAUUGAAAGCCGGAGGAUUGGCAGCUAUUGGAGGGGGCCUCGUUGGAUUUGCUGGAGGAAAGUUUGUAAAGAACGAUGAUGAGAUCGAUGCCGUGGAUGGUGGUGACAAGGCGGUGGAAGUAGAGGCUAACGGUCUAGCUGCUGCUGAACGGGAACUUUCUUUGUGUGACGGAAAGGAAUGACGGCUAGGAUACUUUUGUACCAUUCAGUAGAGACGAUCAGUUCCAAAGCAAAUGUAGCUGUUAUGUGCUUGAGUUAAGUGAACAAUUGUUGAUAAUUGCCGAUAUAAGCAAUUCCGGCUUAGAUAUUACUAGACUACUAUUGAAGUUUUUUUUAAAUCAAUUUUUUAUAUAUCCAUUUCUCAGCGUAUCUAAUCUAGAUACAAAAGAUUUCGUCGAAAUAUUUGCAGAAAUAAUAGAAUUUCCGCAACUAAACAAUAACUAACAAUUAAGGAUACAUCAUAACUACUAAAUGUUACACACAUUAGUCAUUGUUUUAAAGAGAUAUUUAUUAAUUUCCCAUCUUACUUCGACAACAGAAAUAUAAGUGAAGUAUC